UAAGAAGUCAAAUCAUUAAUCAAUACUUUUAGACUCUUUAGUCUUUGGCCUUUUUGGAACUAUAUUUAAAAAUAUUGCUUGGGGUUGGGAUUAAGCAGUCGAUUCACAAUCAUGACUUCUAAAGCCCUAGCUUUCCUUACGGCAGCGUACACGGACACUGAAGGUGAGGAAGACGUAGAGGAUGGACAGACGGCAGAUAUGGAGGCGGCCAUAUCUACAAAAUCUUCGCCUGCUAGCCUGCAGAACACGGAAAAAAACAAACGGUCUUGGUCGGCGCUCCCAACAUUUCGAAGCCUAGUUUCAUACACAGACGACCCGAAUGUCUCCGAAGAGGAAGAUUUGUCGCUCAGUACUGAGAACCAAGACGACCUAAGGAGAUUCUUCAUGGACACAAACACAAACGAAGCAACACCAUGCUCAGAUGCUCAAGACUCAGACUCUGGAGUCGAAAUACCACCUGAGCCGCCGGGCAAGUGUUCCCAAGAGCUGCAAGAUACCAUAGCCAAGUACCACCACCGCAUGGUGACAGAAGGCUUGGAUUUGAAUAAACUCAUCCAAGAGAAGAAAAGCUUCCGGAAUCCCAGCCUCUAUGAAAAACUUAUCGAAUUCUGUGACAUAAAUGAGGUAGACACCAAUUAUGCACCCGAGAUAUAUGACCCAUGGAAAUGGGGAAAGGAAUCUUACUAUGAUGAGCUGGCAAAAGCUCAGGAUGCUGCAAUGCAGAAACGUAAAAAGGAAAAAAGAGAAAGAUUAUUAAAGAAGCGUCUCAUCAGGGGAGUAGCUAAGAAAUCUCAUAGUGAUGACAAGAAGCAGAAGUCUAAGUGGGAUCAAGCAGCGCCUAAUGUGGCAGCCAAUGUUAUUAUAAGUGAGCCUGGCUUACUGGUACCACCUCUGCCCUCCAACAUCAAACGCACCAACAUCAACCCACCGACAUCUACAUAUGUGCCAAAAACAAAAAAAUCUAAAGUUACAGAAAAAUAAACUACUGGCAAUGCUAUUAUUAUUUAUAAACUGAAUGUUGUGAUUCCUUUCUUAUAAAUUAGAUUGUAAGCAAUUCAUAUAUACCUUUGCUAUAACUUUCCUAUUUAAAAUAAAUUGUUUAAUUUGAUGUUUA